GGAGACACAUGUGUAGGCAAAGACAGACAAAGGAAGAGAGAGAGAGAGAGAGAGAGAGAGAGAGAGAGCUACAACAGGAUAUUAUGUCACUAUGGUUACUGGCAGCAGAUACUGAACACGAUUUCUCUCUGUCAUGCUGUUUUCACGCAAGCCAGUGUGAUUGCAGUGCCGCGAGGGGCAGCGCUCGUAGUUGUGAAAAACUUUAGACCAAAUAUUUCCACGCGCUCUGGGUCAACGUGACUUCAGGAACUCUGAAGAGCAGCAUAUUCCACCUUUGAGUUACUGGUUCCUAAAAUAUCAAGAUGGGUUCUGCCGCUGUGCCUGAGACCAUGACCAUCUCCCCCUCCAACAAUAACUCCAAUAAGACCACCUGUGACACCCUGUACGCCCAUCGGGACUACACCAGGAUCGUCAUUCCUCUCUUCUAUUCCAUUGUCUUCUUUGUGGGGCUGUUCGGUAACUGCCUCGCCCUCCAUGUCAUCCGCCCCAACCUGAAGAAGAUCAACUCCACCACCUUGUACUCCCUCAACUUGGUUAUAUCCGACAUCCUCUUCACCCUCUCUCUUCCUGUGAGGAUCGCCUACUACGCCAUGGGCUUCCACUGGCCUCUGGGCGAAGCUCUGUGUAAGAUCUCAGGCCUCAUCUUCUACAUCAACACCUACGCUGGGGUCAAUUUCAUGACGUGCCUCAGCGUCGACCGUUUCAUCGCUGUGGUUUUGCCUCUGCGCUUUGCACGGCUCAGGAAAGUCAGCAAUGUGCGCUACAUUUGUGUUUGCGUGUGGCUGCUGGUCCUGGCUCAGACCCUCCCUCUCCUUGGCAUGCCCAUGACCCACGAGGAACCAGACGGCUUCAUCACCUGUAUGGAAUACCCCAACUUUGAGACGGUGGACCAUAUUGCCACUAUACUGAUCGGUGCAGUCUUCUUGGGUUAUGUUAUCCCUGUGGUCACCAUCCUGGUGUCUUACUCUGUUUUGUGCUCCAAACUCCACUUUACAGCCAAGACUAACCACUUGACGGAAAAGUCCGGGCGAAGCCGCAAAGCCAUCGGUGUGAUCUGCUGUGUGUCCCUGGUGUUUGUCAUCUGCUACAGCCCCUAUCACAUUGAUCUCCUGCAGUACAUGAUCCGCAAGCUGGUGUCAAACCCCGACUGCGCUGAUCUCACGGCCUUUCAGGUGUCGCUGCACAUCACUGUGUGUCUGAUGAACCUCAACUCCUGCUUGGAUCCGUUCAUCUACUUCUUUGCUUGCAAGGGCUACAAAAGGAAAGUGCUGAAACUGCUGAAGCUGCAGGUCAGCAUGUCCUUCUCCAGUGCAGUGAGGACGUCACCUGAGGGCUCCUCCAAGGACUUCCUCGACGGCAACAAGAUCCAACUCAACAGCUCUACUGUGGGUACAACCAGCGAGAGACUCACAGAGAGGAGAUAUACCGGCACCAGUAAACAAAGGAACAGAGACAUGCCAAGUUGCAUAGAAUGAAAAGGAGAUUUUAUGUCUCCGUGGGCCUAUUUUAAUUGGAACGGUGUCUGAACCAAACUGGUCUGAACUUUGAAAUGGACUAAGUCACGUCACCAUGGAUGCCAGGCAGCUACGAGCAGCUUCGCAGCACCUGGAUCCAACGGAGAUCAGCUCAUGAGGUGUUUACAUUUUUUCUUUUCUUAAUAUGGGUGAAUUGUACAGUAGGCUCCAGCCCCCCUGUGACCCCAGUGAGGAUUAAGUGGUGUAUAGAUGAUGGAUGGAUGGAUGAAUGGAUUGUACAGGAAAUCUGAGAUUUUCAUGGAAACAAAGGGAAAUGUCUUUUCUUUUUUUUUCCUUAAAAAAAAAAAAAGAAGAAAAAAAAAGCAUGCUUGUUUCCUACCAGUAAAUUCAUGAUACUGAAUGCAUGAACUGGUAGUGAAGGUUUAGUACAUGUUAUAGGAAGUGUUAAAUUCCUACAAGCUGUACACUCGGAAACACCUCAGCAUCUGCAACUGCACACUGACCUCAUUGAUCCCUCCUGUGCAGUGGCACCACAAUGAACUGAGACGAUAAUAAGGAAGUAGAUCUUGUAUUAGAUUCAUUCUGAAAUGAAAUCCGACUUACAUGAAUUUUGCUUGCGUUUCAGUUCAGCUCACAGUUGUAAUAUCUCAGGAAAACUGAUAAGGUGGACAAAUAACAUUUCAACUGCCUGUCAAAUAAAUUAAUCUUAAUUUUUUUUGCAAAAGCACCAUGUAUUUAUCUGCAUUACAAUUCAUUUCCUUUGUUUGGACAAUGAUGUGAUUUUAUUCAAUAGCUUGUAGAUGGGGCGGUUUUUGAAGUACUGUCGAAACAAUAAAAAGCAUUUUCCUGAUGUGGUUUUAAUUGUAACAAUUUGUCAUGUUGAAUCGGUGCACAAUUCUGGAUCAAUUGAUAUAAUUAUUGGUUAUAAACAAAAAGCUUCACAGCUGGUAUACUAAAAAACUGAUGUGUUUCAGGUCAGAAUUUCUCUGUAUUUUAGCUCAUAAUAGUGUAAGUGUGGGGUCUACAUACAGAAAUUGCUACACAUACAACAGGUCACAUGGAUAACAGUCCUGAAUCAAAGUGUACUGUAUUAGUAAUAUUAAAAAAAUACCACUGCAGUAAUGCUAAAUAGAAAAUUCAAGAUAAAUUGAUUGAUACAGUUUCAAAUGCAACUCUAUUCUUUGUUUUCACUUCAUCUAAGAGCCACUGACAGAGUUUGGACAGCAGAAGGUUGUGGGGACUGACUUGUUCACUUUGAGACUGACAGAUACAGAUGGGUGGCAAAUUAAAGGAGAAACCUAACCUUUUGACCCCUAUAGUGAGGAGAUCUGGUGGCUCUGUUAUGCUGUGUGGGGCAUUUUGCUCGUAUGGUUUGCAAAACAAUAAGUGAGGGAAUAUCUUUAGGUGGGGUAAUGUUUCAUCUCUCUGGCAGAGUUCCAGAGACUUGUAGGAUCAAUGCCAAGGUGCACUGCAGUCAAAAAACUGUUUUGGCAAUAUGUGUUUGCCCAACACAUUGUGUUGAUUUUUCCUUUAAAUUGUCACUCAACUGUUCGUCUGAAUCAUAGUCUACCUUUCACUCUGCUCAACUCACCUCCGAUCACCCCUCUCAGCUCCUGUCACAAAAAACUGAACAGCUGAGUGAGGGUCUUGAUUGAUUUCAGGUAAAUGAAUUAAUAAAUGUUUCCCAUAUUAAACACAACUAAAACUGUUAA